AGAGAUUUAUUCUUCUUUUUUCCUUUUGUCUUGCAUUGUGAGAAUUUUCCUUUUAUCUUCUUUUUUCAUUUUAGGCUCAAUGGCUUUUAGGCUUCUAGGAUCAUCGUUUCCUUCUCACAUCACCACCGGUAGAAGCUGCUGGGAGAGUAAAAAAUACACCCACAAUUACUAUAGCUCUGGUUCAUUGGUAACAAAAGCUUUGUUGAAUAAGAAUGAGAAAUUGUCAAAAGAAUAUAAUUUGAAGACAUCACUGAAGCAUAAAUCCAGAGACAUAUUUGAAAGAGGAUCUACAAUUACAACAUGUGAAAAACAUGAUGAAAAGAAGUACCUCAUGAAUGUGACACAAUCAUCACAUGAUGAAGCUGAACCACAUUCAAAAACCAUCUUCAACUCCAUCAUUCAUGCUUUAGAUGCUUUCCGCAAGUUUAGCAGAUUCUACUCAUUCAUGGCCCUGAUAGUGGGUUCAUUUUCAUCAUCACUUCUUGCCAUCGAUAAUUUAUCAGAAUUAUCUCCAACAUUUUUCAAUGGCUUUUUACAGUAUAUAGUAGCUCACUUCUUCAUGCAUAUGUACAUUGUUGGAGUAAAUCAAUUAGCGGAUCUUGAAAUAGACAAGAUUAACAAGCCAUAUCUUCCUUUAGCAUCAGGGGAUUUUUCUUUCAGAAAUGGAGUUAUAAUUGUGACGUCAUUUUUACUUACAAGCUUUGGAGUUGGAUGGAUGAUAGGAUCAAAGCCAUUGAUUUGGGCUCUUUUCGGCAGUUUCUUUUUUAUGUCGGCUUAUUCAGUUGAUUUGCCUUUAUUGAGAUGGAAGAAAUCUACAAUACUUUCAGUCAUGGCUAAUAUAUUUUCUAUGCUGAUAUCAUUUAAUUUUGGUCCCUUUUUUCACAUGAAGACUGUGCUCAACAAGGCAGCUAUCUUUCCAAGAUCACUAGUUUUUGCCACUGCAGUCAUGGGCAUUUUCUAUGGAAUUAUAACGUUGGCAAAGGAUAUACCUGACAUCGAAGGAGAUAAAAAGGCAGGCCUCCAAACUUUGCCAGUACGUUUGGGUCCUAAAAAGGUAUUCUGGUUUUGUGUUUGCCUUCUAGAAAUGGCUUAUGGAGUUGCUAUUAUGAUUGGAGCAUCCUCUCCUUUCCUUUGGAGCAAAAUUUUUGUGGUUCUUUCUCAUGCUAUCAUGGGUUUGUUCGUCUGGUAUCGCGCUUCUCUUGUAGAUUUAUCAAGCACAGAUUCAUUGCAAGCCUUUUAUAUGGUUAUCUUUAAGCUUGUUUAUGCGGAAAAUAUUCUUAUGCUUUUUGUUAGAUGAAGAUGUAAUAAGGAAUUGUUGCUUAAUAGAUGGUGCAACCUUUUUGUGGGAAUUUUCGAUGGUUGAUGAUAUUGUUGCACUAUAUUUUGGUGGUGAUGUAUAACUUGUCAUAAUUUGACGGGUUGUUUUAAAAUUUACUUGUAAUUUAUUUUGUUUUAUUUUUCACAUCUUUAUUUGCGGUAAGAUUUUGUAUUUAGACUUUCUCCCACUUUUGUGAUCUAGAGUGUUAAACUAUUUAUCGAAAAAAAGUCUACUAAUAAAUUCAAUUACCCUUUUUCUCA